UAAGCCUCUCUCCAGCAACUAAGAAGACAUAGUUACUUCCAAACUUCCAACACAAUAACAUGAAGGUUUUCAUUCUCGCUGCAUUGGUCGUCGUUGUAGCCUCCCAGGGCUACCCCAAGCCACAGUACCCUAAGCCGCAAAAUCCUACGCCAGCAUAUCCUGCUCCAGCAUACCCUACACCAGCGUACAAAGCUCCAGCCUACCCUGCACCGGCCUACCCGUCUCCGGCUUAUGCCAAAACUCCAGAAUACGCUCCUAUGCCAUACAACUUCAACUGGGCCGUUAAGGACGAUCCCUCUUACAACGAUUACGCUCACCAAGAGACCGCCGAUGACAAGGGAUACGUUACCGGCUCUUACCGCACUCUUCUUCCUGAUGGUCGUACCCAGAUCGUAGACUACAAAGCCGAUGACUACACCGGUUACGUAGCUGAUGUCAAAUACGACGGAGAGGCCAAGGAAUACAAGCCUGCUUACAAACCCGCUGGUUACCCAAGCCCAGCGUACCAAAAACCAUCUUACCCGAGCCCAUCUUAUUCUGCUCCUAAAUACCCAAGCCCGUCAUAUCCUAGCCCUGCCUACCCAUCGCCUAAGUAUCCAACCAAAUAUUAGAUGAACCAGCCUGAUUUUAAGACAAUCGUAAACUAAAUUAUAUUGAACUGAAAUACAUUCUGUUUUCGACGCA